CUAAUCUCCAGAAAUUAAUCAAAUCUUACUUUUGACUAGAAAUCUUCCCACAGUUAUUUAUUCGACUAACAUAUUUUCUACAACUAUACUUGAAGUCAGUUCCGAGUGGCCUCCAACUACCUACCAUAAAUGGUCUUUAUUGAACUUAUGACUAUAUAGAAUUAGACGAAGAGUUACAUGAUGACAGAAACACAGGAAAUUACAAUAGAAAAUAUUUCCACUGUCCUCCAAAAUGACACCCGCAUCAAAGUCGCUGGUGUCGAUACAGAUGGUGUUCUCCGGGGGAAGGUUAUGGCAAAAGAGAAAUUUCUAUCUACUGUUGAAAACGGAUUCGGGUUUAGCUCUGCCAUCUUUGGGUGGGACAUGCAUGAUGAGCUCUAUACUAAGACAGACGCCACAUCGACAAAUGAGGGUUAUCCUGACUUGACUGCCAUACCCGAUUUGAGGACCUUUCGGAGGCUGAUAUCGGAGAACAACAUGCCAUUCUUUCUAUUGAGGUUCUAUAUUGAUGGAAAGCCUGUCCCAGGUUGUGCCCGAGGCUUAUUAAAAUCUGUGGCGGAUCAGUUGGCCAACGAUGGAUAUGAAGCCAAAGCCGGCGUUGAGCUCGAGUUUAUGAACUUUCAAACACCAUCGGAAGAUGGAUAUAGCGAUACAUCGGCUCGGCGGAAUGUGGCCAAAUUUUUAAUUAACCAUUCGCCAGCUUCACUUCGGCCCUUGUCUGAAGGCAUGUUCGGCUACAGUCUAUUACGCCCUCUUGCAGUUGAGCAAUAUUUUUAUGACAUCUUUGAUGGCUCAGAGAAAUUCAAAUGUGACAUUGAAGGCUGGCACACCGAAAGUGGGCCUACCUUUGAAGCUGCGCUUCGCGUCCGCAAUAUCGAUGAAAUGGCUGACCGGGUGUCCUUAUUCAAACUCCUUGUUAAAACAAUUGGGAUCAAACACAGUAUUACUCCGUGCUUUAUGAGUAAACCUCUCUACGGGCUUCCAGGAAAUUCUGGUCACAUUCAUCUGUCUCUGACGGACAAGCAAGGCAACAACCUAUUUGCCAGAGAAUCGAUCGACAAUAAUGCUAAAUGGCCAGAUAUUGCUCAUCUGUCAACAAUAGGGCGUCAAUUUCUUGCUGGGUUGUUAGAUGCAAUCCCUGACAUGUUCAUCUUACUCGCUCCAACUGUUAACUCGUAUAAGCGGUUGGUUGAGAAUUACUGGGCACCGGUAGAUCUAAACUGGGGAUUCGAAGACAGGAUGGCGUCAGUACGACUAAUCGCACCUCCUAGCUGCGGUGCCUAUGCUACGAGGUUCGAAAUUCGUAUUCCAGGUGCAGAUAUCAACCCGCACUUCGCUCUCGCGGCUCUGACUGCGGCGGGUCUUCGUGGCAUCAAAAAGAGUCUCGAACUAAAUACACCACCUUUAUCGGCGUUGAAAAAGACGGGCAAGCCUUCGGUUAAUCUUCCUCGGACGUUGGACUUGGCAUUGAAACGAUUUGCUGCGCAGGAAAGUAUUGCUAGGGAAGUAUUAGGCUCGCCAUUUGUGGACUUCUUCGCUUGGACAAGAGAGCACGAGUUGAAAGUGUGGCGUGAGACUGUAACUGAUUGGGAAUUUAGGCGAUAUAUUGAGACUAUUUGAAUAUAGCGUGAGAGUAAGAGAUUCUACACAUGUAAUUGGUAUAUAACCAAAUGUGAUCUAUUUAUACAUAUAUGAUACAACGGUGUUUUCUGUGUUGAGAUAAAAC